UUGAAGGACGCCAUCUUGGAACAUUGAACAACAUAAAGAGAUAGACUUCUGUUGAUUGAGCGUUUAGUAAUUUGAACACAGCGAAUACAAAAUGACGGAAGAAGAUCCCGAAGUGGUACCUAAGUUGAAUAUAAUAAUGCACUCAACAUUUGUGAAGGCGAGUGAGGAGUUUGUGUUGAUGCGCUGUGAGGAAGCGGGCUGUAUGUGUGGGAAGGUGCACUGUCCAUUCUGCAACAUUGAUCACUACAAGCCCACGCAGCCAGCCAGGGUGCGAGACCACCUCAACCUGAUGCACUUCAUGCAUGCUGUACACUAUGAUGGAAUGAUGAUCGUGAAGUGUUUUCGCGAGUGUAUGGAGGGGAUCCCUGCCGGCCAUUACCACUGCCCCCUAUGCCUGAAACAGAUCUCCAAGAGAGCAGCCUUCUCUCGGCAUCUGCAGUCACAUCUAGAGAAAGUGGGAAAAGACGUUACUGUUGUACAAGCACCUGAUUUCAAACAGCCUGGCAAGAUAGUGUUUGAUGGUCACGAGAUCCCGCUGUGCACAAAGGUGUGUCCUGAUGCACUGGGCAAACACUACCACUGUCCUCUAUGCACAACCAAGAACUCCACGGAGCUGGGGCCCAUGAUGGCCCACCUGUGGCGGUGCCGCGAGGAGGCGAGACAGGUUUCCUCGUCACCAGCUUCUAGACCCAAGUCCAAACGACUGCCAAAGAAAGUCCCACCAGUGAGAGAAAUACCGCCAGCUAAAAAGCUGCACCAUUCUAUUGUGAAGUCCAUGGCUGACCUGCCAGUACAGAGGUGCAACUCGGACACAUGCUGCGAUAGGCGAUACCACUGCCCGCUCUGCUCCAAGACUAAGUACAGGCCUGGCCUGGCUAGGGAGCUCCGGGACCACUUCCAGGUCCACUGGAAGGGCCGUGUGGAGUACAAAGAGUUCAUCAUCGUGAGCUGCAACAGCAACUGUCGAGAUCGCCGCUCAAACCGAGCCUUCACACACUACCACUGCCCCGAGUGUUCUGAGUUGAUCCAUGGCAAGGAGGUAUUUGAGACCCAUCUAAAGACCUGCAGCGACAUUCAGGCAACAGCGCCCCCUACCCCUAGCCCCCGGGGGCGGGGACGACCCCGCAAAUCAGAAAGGAAGGUGGUGGAGACGACGAUUGGUGCUGACACUGAGCCACAAGUAGUGAUGAUAGAGGAGGAGGAACCAGCACUUCCUGUUUACGAACCCCCACCCGUCCCAAAAGCUGCACGAGGCCGCAUGACCAUCUCAUCCAGGGAGAAGGCAAUGCUUGCCCUUGCUGAGUCAUCAGAUGAUGAUAUGGGGGCUUUUGACAAGGUGACGGCCAUCAUCUCCAAGAAGAUCAUCACGUCACUGGCUGCCAGCACCAGCGUGGAGGACGUGCUGGACGAUGUGGCCAAGAACACUGGCAUCAACUGGAGCUGGUCGCCCGGCACCAUGGAACCUGUCUACGUCAUGAGCGGCGACCUCAUAUCACUCGUCAAGGCCAAGCGUCUGCUGAAGGAACUCAAGGAGGAAUACGAGACGCGAAAACUGCGUGAACUGGAGGAAGCUGAGUCUGAGAUUGAAGACUACGAACCCCCGCUACACUUCGCAGCUUGUGACUCCCCGAGCGAAGCGGCAGAUGAAGCGCCAGUGGUGGUACCUGGGGAGAUCAUUCUUCCUCCUCCGGAAACCACCACCACCACGACAGUCCUGGCACCGCAAGGUCAACCGCUGCAGAUGGUGGUGGACGCCGUGUCUGGUGUUGCUCAGAUACAGGCUCCCAUACCAGCUACCGUCCAUCAGCCCACGAUGGAAGACAUAGGCAGCGGGGAGCUUCACAUCUCGGCGGAAGAACAUGUCAACCCAAAUACAUUCGACACAAUUCAAGGAGAGCCUAUUCUUACAGAGGACAUUCUACAAAGGUCUGUCAUCAUAGCUUCCGAUCCAAACAACAUCAUCACCUUGCCUCAGGUUUCAGUGGAGUCAAUACCCCAGGCCUCUGUCAGUGAUUUGCAGAUGGGACAGAACUUUGCAGAUUCUUUAAUGGAGGCUGCUUCUGCUGAGCUGGUUGUUGAAGGGACGACACAACACCCGAGUGUUCAACUGUCCGAUAACAUCUUCCAACCAGACUUUGAAAGCACUGAAACCACAGUCAUUGAAAUGCCAGCUGUGGAAAGUAGUGAGAUUGAUACUAAGGUUGAUGAGAUCAGCGAAAACUUGACAUCAUUGAAAGAUGUGAAAGAGAAUACAGCAGGAGAAGGAGAGACUGAUCAUUCUACGAUAGAAAUUCCAACCAAUAUUCCUUCCUCAGAGACUGCUGCUGGUGUGGAGUUGCAGGAGAAGAUAUUUGAUGACCAGGGCAGUAAGGAUGAUGUUAAUAAAGAGAGUCCAGACGUCAAGGAGGAUAGUGAACAUGGAGAGGACAUCAUUAUUGCUGAGUUGACACCUAUAGAGAAUACACCAACUCUAAAGAAAGAAGUCACUAAUCUGACUCCCACCAAGAGUGAGGAGAGUAAGAUAGUAACACCUUCUCCCAGAAAGAAAAAAUCCAUUCCAGUCAUGCCUGAAAGAAAAUACUCCACAAGGGGAGUGAAAGUAAACUUCACUGAACUGCACACUGGAAGGAAACAGACUGUGGUGGACUCCAGUGAUGACGAUAUGGAUGAUGUACCAAGUCCCCCACAAAGAACAAGAGGUCGGGGUAGACCUCCUCGAAGCAGUGGCUUAGGUAGAGGUCGACCUCCAGGAAGAGGAAAGAAGAGAGGUAGAGGUCGUCCUCCAAAGAGGGGAAGAGGACGUCCUCCAAAAAGGCCAAGACUUGAAGAGAUUGAGAGGGAAGAAGAAGAGGAGGAGGAGGAAGAAGAGGAGGAGGAGCAGGAAAUAGAGGAACACUUUGAUGAAGAAGAUAUGGAUGAUAAUGAUCCAGAUUAUGUAUUGGUAGAGAGACACAAGAGCAAUGGGGAAGAUGAGGUUGAGCCAGGGGAAGAAAGUCCGAGGAAGAAAUUCAAAACUAUCCCUGCUCCAGUUGAGACUCACAUUGCUGCCAUGCCUGUUGUCAGAUUUGCUGGACUACCUCGAGGACAGAAAGAAAGCAAGGCAGAGGAAUCACCUCUUGACAUGCUAUUGAAUUCCAUCAAGACAGAGGUGAUUGAUCCUGAUUAUAUGAUCCCAGUGAGGACUCGAGGGAGGGGAAGGGGCAGAGGAAGAGGACGAGGAAGGAGGAAGAUGGACUCGUUUGACAACAUGUUUCUGGAGGAGGCUUUCAAGCCUCAACCCUGCAUGGAUUGUUCAUUCCUAGCCGAGUCCUUUUCUCAACUGACAGAUCAUAUGAUAGAAGUACAUAACAUCACAGAUCACUUGAGAUGUGACAUCUGUGAGAAGGCCUUCACUCGCCAGAAACACAUGACGCAUCACCUGAUAAUGAAGCAUGGGCCUCUAGCACUGGCUGAUGGGCAGGUGUAUCAGCAUGAUGGGGAGGAACUGGGGAACAAGUGCAGCAGCUGUGGCUGGGAGGCACAGGAGUUUGCCGAACUCACGGAUCACUACAUCAACCAUCAUCAGGCUUACGACGUCCUCCGAUGUGACGUGUGUGAAAUAGUGUUUAAGAAAGCUCGCCAUCGGACUACUCACCUCGACAAUGUUCAUGGACCACGCAACAGAAAGGGGACAUUUGUAUGUGAUCUGUGUGGUCACACAUGUGACAAACAGCGCUCACUCAACUGGCACAAGAGUUACGCCCAUAACAUGAGCACGAAGAAAAACCCUGAUGUUUUGUACUGUAGGAAGUGUGACUUUGAAACAAACGAACCCGGUGAGAUGAGGCUGCAUAAGCGCACUCAUUUGGAGGAAAGAAAGUGGUGUGAUCUGUGCAAGAAAUCAUUUUCUGCCACAACAGACAUGAAAACGCAUAUGCAAGCCGUACAUCUGAAGACCAAGUCCUGUACUUGUUUGGUCUGCGGCAAGACAUUCAGUCACUGGCGAUACCUCACAGCUCACAUGGAGCGACACAGCGGGGAGAGAAAGCACCUGUGUAAUGUGUGCGGCCAGCGCUUUAGUAAAGCUGCCAUUUUGAAAGAGCAUAUAGAGACUCACAAGGUGAUGAGUGAGCGGAACUACAAACACAUAUGUCCAUACUGCGACUCCCGGUAUUAUAGCAAAGACAAGUACAUGGACCAUCUAAAUAAACACACAGGAGCAAAACCACAUCGGUGUGAAGAGUGCAAUAAGGGCUUCAGUUUCAGGAGCAUGUUACUCAAGCAUAGAAUCUAUGUACAUACAACAGACCGCCCCUUUAAGUGUGACUGUUGUGACAAAGCCUUUAAGUUCAAGCAAAUCCUCAAGAACCAUAUGGUCCUCCAUACAGGUGAGAGUAAGUACAUCUGUGAUGGCUGCAAGAAACCGUUCUCCUGUAGCGCCACUCUGAAAACACAUCGACCAAAGUGCCGUGGAGAUCAGUCAUGGCAGAAGCGCAAGUCGGGUGUGGCCAAGGCCGUUGCGGCAUCAGGGCCACAGACGAUGAUGGUGCCGAAGCAGGAGUAUCAGGAGUUGACGCAGCUGCAGCUUGACCCACAGCAGAUUCAGCAGGUGCAGGUAGACAGUGCCUCCCUCCAGCAAGUUCAUGUGGCGGUGUCGCAGCCAAACCUCACCCAGCUCGUUGACACCAUCGUCGUAGAGAUGGGCGAUGGACAACGCAGCAUCGUGGACCUCAAUUCUCUUGAAGCUGCCACUCAGAUGACUGAGACUGACAAUGUGGCUACGGGUAUUUACUUGUGUAGUGUGUGUAAUGCUAUGUUUGAUACAGUCAAUGCAGCCGAGGAACACAUUGCCCAGGCACAUGCUCCAGGCAAACAGGAUGUUGAAGAUGCUCAGGAGAAGUUGGAGCUGGAGGAGGUGAUGGAGGCAGAAGCAGAUGCCAACAUCACCAAUCUUAUCUCAGAGCUUGAAACGAAGGUCAAGGCUAAGCUUGAUCACACGCUCUUGGAGGGAUUGAAGACAACGCAAUAAGAGUGUCAUGAGUUGUUUGAAUUUGUUGGAAUUCCAGUUAUUUAUUCUUUCUGUUCUUAUCAACUUGUUACUUGUGCAGAUGGUUUUCAUUACAGCAAUAAGUGCCCAAGAUAUUUUCCAUCAGCACAAAUCUUAUUCAUUGUAUGUUUCUGUGGCUCUUGCCAACCCAGACCAGUUUUGUUAAUGUUAAAGGUAUCCUAAGGGCAGUUACAAUUUCAAACGUUUUGUCAUCACUGUUCGGUCUAGUAGACAUUCUUGGCUAACUUCCACCUCUGCUGUAAGUUGUGUUUGGUAAAGACUAACACACUGAAACUUCACGAACUUGAUAUAUCCUUACUACCGGUAUGUUAUUUUGUGGUCCCAGAAAAAUCAUUAUCACUGCGGUUAUAUUUCACUGUGGUCACUCUGCUUCUGGUUAACUUGACAUAUUUAUAUUAUGUCCCAAUGAUUUCAAGUUGCAAGGUUAAAAUAUGACAAGACAAAGGGUGAAUAUGUUUUCAAGAGAUUGAUGAGGUUCGUUGGACUCAAGUUGAAAGGAAAGACUGUCCGUAUUAAAUUAAUAAUAUGAUAUCUUAGACUUCAACAGUGUGACUAUAUUUUACAUUUGACAUCAAAUGACAACUUGGUACUAAACUCCUUGUGAAGUGAUAACCUGACUCCCUUUCCCUCGAGUUUCUUGGACAAUAUAUAAAGAUCCAUACAUCCAUACACCUGAUGAGGGGUGGGGUGUGGUGGUGAAAUAAUCUCACUUUCAAUAAAACAUAGCAGUACAUUUCAACUACAGGCAUUGUCACAGACACAACUUUGUAAUAAUCAAGUAAUAAUAGCAAUUGUUUUGUUCAGGAUGGGAGGGUUAUGGUUUACAGAUAAGAGUUUGGGUGAUAGAAUACAUGCCUAAAGAGGAUAUUUUUUUGUCCAAACAGUACAGUCAAUCAUACUAAAGUUGAUUACUACCGGGUAAUUCUUUUAGAAAAUGAUUAAUUUUAGACCUCCUCAGAUUAUCUUGAUAUUCCUUGCUGCCUCAGUUGGGGGUUGGCAUUGAGCAUAGGUUGAAAACAGGUCCUCUAAAUCAUGUAAAAUGAACGUGAAGCAAGCUAAACGUGGUAAAACACAGCUCUAGGAAAUCAUGCAGGAUCACCAUUUGCCUAAUAUUUGCUACAAUGUAAAAGAGGUCCUGUCAGAUUAAUGGAUGCAAUUUUAAAGUAUACAUAAUUUUAGUUGUUGAGGUGGUCUUGAACAUGAAUUGCAGCCCUCUUCACAUGCUUAAGAAUCAUUGAAUAAUAUGGAAUAUCACAUAUCAUGUGCAGUAUUACCUCCCUUUAUGAGCCAGUGACCGGGUAUAAAUAAUCAUAUGCUGCAGGAUUAUGAAGUAAAAGGUGUCCUGUUGUAAUUCAAGGCCAGGCUUUUUUAUUUCUUGGUUUACAGAUUUUUGUGUGUAGAAUAUAAUUGGUUUUGGAUUAGAUAUAAAAAUUAUUAAUUCCUUUUUGUCUUUUAAUGGGUUUUUUUCUGAAUAUGUUGCCUUCUAUGAUAUGUUUGUUUGCAUGAUCUUGCUUUUUUAAGUUUGAUGGAUCUGUAGACCAAUUAAAAAAUAGUAUUGCCUAAAUGGACUUCCAUUCUAUUUAUCUGGUGCUAUUUUCUGGUAAGACAAAUGAUUCUUACAAUCAAAUCAUUUGAAAAUGGAAAUGAAUGUAAUUUUCCAUCUGGUUUUACAAAUUAUUGUUAAAAGCCUUUUGUAUUGGCAUUCUGUGCAUUAAGUCACUGAAGUUAUUGGUUUAUAAAUGAAGCGUUUUUUAGUUGCCCCGAGUCAGAUAUACCAAAAUUUGUGUGUGUGAAAAAGCCUUGUGAUGCACGAAGUUGAAACCACCCAAUUGUACAGUGUAUAUAGACAAAGAAUGCAGGAAUUCCAUGGAGGUUCUCGAUAAAUCAAAUAUAUUA